AUGUCAACGAUAGCUUAUUGUUGUGUUUCGACGAGGCAAUUUGUAUGUUUAUUUAUUUUUACAUUUAAUAUAGUAAUAACCGUGAAAAAAGAUAAAGACCGCAAAAUAAUAAUUAAUUUGAAUUAAUCCUCUUCUUUUCGUAGAUUUAAGUAUUUAAUAUGACCGACUACUAUUAAAAUUCCGUAGUGAUAAGAGUGUUAUCACAACUGUUUAACUCCAACCCUGAAGGCCCGGGAUCCGAUAAUUUUGUGUGUAAUACAACUUUCACAACCAUGACUUCUGUGUACGAGAUAUCUGACGACGAUGAUAGUUUCUGCGAGCUGGGAACAGUGCCACAAAAAGAAUUAUCAAGUGGUGAAACUACUGUCAUACUUAGUGAUGAAGAAUGUGCCGAAAUUACAAUGAUAACAGAAGAAGACAUUUCUUCUGACGACGAUGAAUUACCUAAUGUUGAUUUGGGCAAGAAAAGGUCUGAGGUUAUUAAGAAAUUAUUUCCAACAAAAAAUACAAACCAAUCAAAACAAAAUAUGUUUUCUUCAAUGCAGAAAGUGAUUCCCAAACCCAAACCAUUGAAUAGUGAAGAUUUUAACUCUAAAACAGCGUCGUCUACUUCCAUGAUCUCUCCAGUAAAGCCCAAAGAGCCAGGGUUUGAGAAAAUGAUAGGUGGUGUCACUGUCAACCUGCCUGUUGAACCUUAUGGCUGCCAGAUAGCCCUGAUGUCCAAGGUGAUAACUGCAAUAAAGAAAAAACAAAACUGUUUGCUGGAAAGUCCCACAGGGACCGGGAAGACUUUAGCUUUGUUAUGCAGUGCUCUGGCCUGGCAACAUGCAGAACGAUGUCGGAAAGGCACGAUGCAGGCACAGGAGUACUUCUCCCACUACCCGGAGCUGAGCGAGGUGGACAGAGCCACACAGCUCAUCGGCAGCCCGGAGAAACUGCCCUUUGACAACUUCACCCGAAGUGUCUUCGGUGAGAAGAGUAUCUACGACGAGCCUAACACGCAUGCAACCGACAGAAUUAUACUAAAACAAAACCAACACUUUGGAAAAGGAGAUGAGAAUACAUAUUGGAAUGGUACGGUUGUAUGCAGCGGUGGCAAGAGGCAGGAACCUUUGCAGGAGCUUAAUGAAUCGCCCGACAACUUAGUGAAGAUUCACCCGAAACGGCAGAAACUGAAUCCGUAUGAAACGGGAGAAGGUCCGUCAACUCCAUUGAAGCCCAAGUUCACCCCACCGUCCACACCGACCAAACCCAUCAACCAACCCGCGCCAGAAACACCGGAGCAAAUCAAAAAGCUCUAUAGCCUGAUGUCGAGCCUGCGACUCAGGACCGGCACGCUUGUUGAUUGCAGCAUCCCCACUAUAUACUACGGCGCCAGGACACACAAGCAACUGCAGCAGGUCAUCAAGGAGUUCAAGAGGACCUCUUACUGCGGGGAGGUGAAGAUGAGCGUGCUGUCCAGUAGGGAAUACAGCUGUAUACGGGAUUACGAUCGCGCGCAGUGGACGUCUAAGAAUGAUAUGUGCAGGGAAUGUAUUAAGCCCAAAUCAUCAAAAACCCUAGAGAGCAACUGCAGCUUCUACGACAACCGCGCGGCGCUGAGGCACGAUUCCCUCCCGCCGGCCUUCGACCUGGAGGAGCUGGUGAGUGCGGGCCGCGAACGCCGCGCCUGCGCGCACUACGCGGCGCGCGCGCUCGCCUCCGCCGCGCAGCUUGUGUUCUGCCCGUACAACUACCUCAUCGAGCCCAGCAUCAGGAGCAGUAUGCAAAUCGACCUGGAGGACAACAUCGUGAUAGUGGACGAGGCGCACAACAUCGAAGACAUAUGCCGGGACGCGGCUUCGCUCAGCUUCACACGGGACCAUAUCUUAAAUGCCUUGAAAGAGUUGGGCCCGGUGUCAGAGAGUCGCUAUCAGAACGGCGACAGCCAGAUCUACGUGAUUAAAAUCAUUCAAACUCUCAAUAAUUGGGAUUACUGGUUCGCGAACCAAUCGAAGCUGCUGGCAGGCAAAGCCGUGACCAACAACGAGGUAGAUCACGUGUGGGAACCGGAGCAUUUUGUGCAGACGCUGAACAACCACAAUAUUGGACCAAAACAGUACAACGAGUUCAAAGAGAGCGCGGAGCUGUUGUGCCGCAAGCUGCGCGAGGAGCCGCGGGCGCUGCGCGUGAGGCAGGCCAGCGCCGCUCUCCUCGACGAGAUCAAGACCGUGCUUGGUUACUUAUUUCUGUUUGAUGGCAAGUUCAUGAACGACUUCACCCCGGCGCUGGUGAAGACUGUGACGUGGGAGGCCGAGCACCAGACGGGCUUGUGGCGGCGGACCUCACAGUCUGAAAAAGUAGAAGAAAAGAGAGUAGAAAAAGAGACGCUAGAACUCCGGUUGAUGUGUAUGAACCCCGCCAUCGUGUUCGCGGGCCUGAAGGCGGCGCGCUGCGUGCUGCUGGCCUCGGGGACGCUGACGCCGCUCCACAGCCUGUACUCGGAGCUGGACACGGAGUUCCCGCUCAAAGUCAGCCCGAAUCACGUCAUACCUAAGGAGAGGGUAUGGGUGGGGACGUUGACAACGGGCCCGGACGGCCAGCCGCUCCAGUGUAAAAGCAAUGACACGUCGCAAGUCGCAGUACAGGAUUCCCUAGGCAAGACCAUUACAUGGGUGUGCAGGGUCACGCCCAAUGGCGUACUGUGCUUCCUACCUUCUUAUAGGCUGAUGGACCAGUUGGAGAAAAGAUGGCGCGAAAAUGGCAUGUGGAAUGAACUGAAUCAACUGAAACACGUUUUCGUCGAGAGCCGAAAUGUGAAAGACCAUAAUGAGACUAUGGAAGAUUAUUACAAGUACGUGGACACGAACAAGGGCGCCAUUUUGUUCGCGGUGUUCCGCGGGAAGGUGUCUGAAGGGAUGGAUUUCAAGGACCAGCAGGCCAGGGCCGUCGUCACGAUCGGUAUCCCUUACCCGAACAUGUUCGACCGGGCCGUGCAAGCCAAGGUGAAGUAUAACGACAAAUACUCCAGGACGAGGAAUCUGCUGCCCAGGGGAGAGUGGCUGCUAGUGCAGGCCUACAGGGCGCUGAACCAGGCGGUGGGGCGCUGCGUGCGGCACCGCGCGGACUGGGGCGCCGUGCUGCUGGUGGACGCGCGCUUCCUGCAGACGAACUACACGCAGCACCUCUCCGGCUGGCUCAAGGCUCUACUGGGCAAAAAUCACUUCACCUUCGACCGACUGGUGAACAGCGCCGAUAGCCUGGAGUCCUUCAUGCAGACCAUGAGUCUAGAAGAAAUCGAAGACGUUAGCUAGCAUCGGUACACGCCUAUGCAAUAGACUUAAAAUCCUGUCAAGUGCUUUUUUUUUUACUCAAAUCUAUAAAAAUUUUAGUAAAACAAAAGCUUAAUGUUAUAACGAAAAACACAUUAUAAAAAUAAUCCUAGUCCCUGUAUGCGUUUAGUGUGGUUAAUUUAUUAUAACAUAAUUUUAAGUUUAUUAUUUGUAUAAUUUAAUCAAUUUUAAUCCGUGACUACGAUACAAUUCCGUUACAUCAUUUUGCUUAAUUUCAAUUUUAGUAUAUCCAUGAACAUAGACAUAAUAAAUAUCUACUAAGUACAUAUUUUCCUAAACAUUUUAUACAAAUCUGUAAUGGACAUCUCGACAAAAGUAGUACUAAUUGAAAGUUGAUAAAAUUAAAAAGCAUCAACCCGAGUGAAUUUAAUUAGGAAAUAUUAAGUUAAACUGGAAUAUGGGAUAAAAAUAAGGUGCUCGCACAUUAUUCGAUCGUUUUCCCGAAGUGCUGUGCCACGUUUUGUUGUGAUAAAUAAAGAAAAUAUUUUCUGAUUAA